GACUCGACUAUUUCCUUUAAACCCGUUUCCGUCUUGUUUUCCUUCGGUUCCUAGUAUAAAAGGAGCUCUCCUAGCAUUUUUUUGUUAAGUCGUACGUUUGAUAGCGUUUAAAACAACUCCAGUGAAGUGAAAAUGAAACCAAUAAUGUUUUUGUGUUUGGUGGUGGCUGCGACCGGUAUGGAUACCAAUCAUGGUGUCCACCUUUCUAAGUCGCAGAAAGAAAAGGCUGAUCAUUACAUCAUGGAUUGCAUUAAGCAGACAGGAGUUCACGCCGACGUGCUUUCUGACGCAAAAAAAGGUCAUUUUGCCGACGAUGAAGCCUUAAAGAAAUUUACACAUUGCUUCUUCCAAAAAUCCGGUGUAGUCGACCAUGCGGGACAUCUUAAUGUGGACGCAGCUUUAUCUAAAUUGCCUGAAGGCAUCGACAGAAAUGAAGCUACUAAAUUAUUGGAAGAAUGCAAGAAGAGGACUGGAAAAGAUGCUGCUGAAACAGCAUUUGAAAUUUUCAAAUGCUAUUCAAAAGGAACUAAGACUCAUAUUUUAUUGUAG